AUGCUCUUUUUUGUCAUUCCUUCACUCUUCUUUCUUUUUUCCUUCAACCUACCAUGCGUUUUUACUGAUGAUUCUAUUGACAAUUAUAUUCUCGUUUUCAAACAUGGUACUUCUCGACAUGACAUGAACAAUCAUAUUCAACUCAUGUAUCAACAAGUCAAUGACCUCAAUACCACCACCGAUACCCGCAUUCUUUUGGAUUCUGUUCAAGUGUCAUCCAUUGGUAACUUCCACUGGUAUUCUGGUGCUUUUGCCUCUCGAGCUUUUGAAUCCUUAUAUGGUUCCUUGCAGCAUCCUUCUACCAUAAACGUUUCAUCGCAAAAUACGUUUCCUUCUUCUCCUUCUUCUUCUUCUGAUAUUCUACAUUAUUGGGUUAAGGAUAUUACCUUCUCUAAGCAAGAAAUGGUACAAAAUAAUGUACCUAGUUGGGGACUGGAUCGCAUUGAUCAACGACAAGGACUAGAUGGACUAUACAAAUUUGCCUCCAAUCAAGGUCAAGGAGUCAAAGUGUAUGUACUAGAUACAGGCGUAAUGGUGGAUCAUGACGAUUUGAAAGGUCGAGUUGAAAUUGGUGCAACGAUUGUGGGUGAUGAUGAUCCUACAGACUAUGAUGGUCAUGGCACUUUUGUAGCUGGUGUAUGUUGCGGAUCAACUUACGGUGUAGCAAAAGGAGCCACAGUGGUCUCGGUCAAAACAUUAGAUAGUGAUGGUAAUGGUCGAUUAUCAGAUUUACUCAAAGGCAAAACCAAAAGUGUUGUCAAUCUCUCUUUGGGUGCUCUGUACAAUCAAGUAGCCAAUGAUGCAGUGGAACAAGUAACUCAACUUGGAAUUCAUGUUGUGGUUGCUGCAGGCAAUUAUGGUGAAGAUGCUUGUUUGUAUUCUCCUGGUUCUGCUCCUGGUGUUGUGACAGUGGGUGCUCUUGAUCGUGAUGAUACUAUUAGCUAUUAUUCAAAUUUUGGAAAAUGUGUUGAUAUUUUUGCUCCUGGAACUGAUAUCAAGUCAAUUACAAGUAAUAGCACUAGUGCAACUGACGUUUUAACUGGCACAUCAAUGGCAGCACCACAUGUGGCAGGUAGCAUGGCUCUUUUUUUAGCACAAGCAGAUUAUACACCAUUUGAAUUAUCCACCUAUAUGAAAAACAUCUCCACGUUGGUUUAUUUGGAAUUCGCAAUCAACAAUACAGAUGGAAAUGCCAAUAAAUCAGUUUUGGAUAAUGCUAUUGACACUGGAGUUCAAUCAAGUAGCAGCGGUGGUAAUGUUAAUCAUCCAUUUGACACAGCUGUCAAUAUUCUAUAUACUCAACCUGAUGAUGGUCAACCUUUAUGGGCAUUUGGUGGACAACUUUCUAGUGUAGCUUCUUCUCUUCAUCUUCCAUUUUUCCUCACUCUUAUUUUUACUGUAUUAGUGGCUAUUAUACCCAAUCUUUCAUUUUAG